CAGGCAGCUCAGUGGAAGAUCAAACACAUAUUGCCGUUGGAUUUAUUUAAUGUUAGAAUUUACUUGACAGUUAGUAUCUGGCUUUUCUUCUUUUUCGUCCUCAAGUUCUACAAAGUCGUCCACGUGUAUAUGUCCUUUUAAGAUUAAAAAACAAUACAAAAGCGUUACUCCACCCGUCAAUCGUCCGAACAGCACUACUCCACUAUUUAAUGUGAAAAUCCCGAGUCCAUUCGGUGUACGUGAAGGCAGCACAAGUCCUUCGGUGCACUUUCGGUGACGUAGUUAUUUUGCGACUCGCGGUCCGCUAUGGCCGGUGGUUUUCAAUUCAGUCCCACAACAACAGAGACAUCAAAACCUCGAUAAUAUUCGCUUUAAAGCAUUUUUGUAGAUGCAUUCAAACCGAAACAUCAACGAUGUUUAUUCCACCUCCGGAGAGAACCACCCCAUGAUCCUGCGCCAGCUGAGCUCCUUCCGCCCCCCCUUCCCCCCUCGCUGCCGUCCCCACUUUCCCCCUCGCGGCCGCCCCCCCGUCCCUCCCCGCGGCGGCCUCGCUCUCUGCCGGCCAGGCUUCAGAAGCAGCGGCCCGUCCUCUUCCCACGUCCCCCAUUUCAUCCCCGCUCCUCGUCCAUGCUGGUCGACGCGGGGAUUCCCCCCCCCGCCUCCUGGACUCCCCCGCCUCCACCCGGCAGACCAUCGGUUCUCCUCCGCUAGGAUGCUAGCCCCUCGCCGCGUCAACCCGGGGGACUUUGGCGGAAGUCGGCGUUCGCUCUCCUCCGCCGUUGGCAUGACGAUGGAGCACGCCCACAGAGACACAGAGCCUCCUCACAAAAGGAGGCGGCGCGCUGAAGGAAAUAAUCAAGGUGGAGGACCAGGGGGGGGGACGACAGGCCAGACCGAGGACGAAGGAUCCGAGAGGGAGCACCGACCGAAGCUCCGCCUCAAAGAUGGGAGUCGAGGGAAGAGUCGGAAAAACUGCGAAGAUGAAGACGCAAAAACGAAGAACAGACAGCGAGACGAAACCCAGAACAGGAGGAGGGACAAGAGUCCCCCGAGAGGACAGAAAGAGUCACAGCCCACGAGCUCAAGACAGCAGGACGGCGUGAAAUCUCUGCAGAGACACUGGGAGGCCUCGCCCGGCCGCACCAGCGACACCCGACCCCCGGGGGGCGACGCAGCCUUCGACUUCUCGGUGAUGUCCUACAACAUCCUGUCUCAGCAGCUGCUGCAGGACAACGUCUACCUGUACCAGCACUGUCCCCCCGGCCUGCUGGCCUGGGACCGGCGGCUGUCCAACCUGCUGGACGAGAUGCGGCAGCACGACGCCGACAUCCUCUGUCUUCAGGAGGUCCAGGAGGACCACUACGAGAACCAGAUCAAACCGGCUCUACAGGCACUCGGUUACCAGUGUGAGUACAAGAAGCGAACAGGAAAUAAACCCGACGGUUGCGCCGUCAUCUUCAAAGCGUCCCGCCUCUCGCUCCUCUCCUCCAAUCCCGUGGAGUUCUUCCGCCCCGGCGACGCCCUCCUCGACCGGGACAACGUUGGGCUGGUUCUGCUGCUGCGGCCCAACGGGGCCGAGCGGCGGGGGGCGGAUCCCACGGCCUUCCUCUGCGUGGCCAACACACACCUGCUGUACAACCCCAACCGCGGCGACAUCAAGCUGGCCCAGCUGGCCAUCCUGUUGGCCGAGAUCGGACGGCUGUCCCGCCUCCCGGACGGGUCGGCCAAUCCGGUCGUGCUGUGCGGGGACUUCAACUCCACGCCGCGCAGCCCGCUGUACGGCUUCCUGACGACGGGCCGCCUGGAUUACCGAGGCCUCCAGCGCAGCAUGGUGUCGGGUCAGAAAGACACACCCAGAGGGCGGCGUGUCCUCGAGUCUCCGCUCUGGUCUCGCAGCUUGGGGAUCAACCGCCAGUGUCGGUACGAGGACGUCCCGGGGGCGGAGUCUUCCUCCGGCAGCGCGACAGUAGAAGGAGUCAUCUCUGAUCUGAGCGUACAGGACGCCGCCACCAAAGCUGCUGCUGCUGCUGACAGACACAGAGCGAGUAUCGAGCACGGUCUGAAGCUGCGCUCGUCCUACCAGCACCGCCUGGCGCCCGACGGGCGACCUGAGAUCACCACCUUUCACUCCCGCACCGCCUCCACUGUGGAUUACAUCCUGUACACCCCCGAAUCCACUGUGCCUCCUUCGCUGUCGGGUGGGCGGGCCCUCGAGCUGCUGGGAAGGCUGUCAUUGGUGGGCAAGUCGGAGGUGGUGGAAGUCAAAGGGUUGCCCAAUCGGUGUCACUCGUCGGAUCACCUCCCUCUCCUCGCCAGCUUCCGCUUCUGGUGCUGAAGCCUGGGGGGACGCGCGGGGGGGGGGGGUCUUGUUGGACGGCCAAUCAGAACAGCUUCCUUUGCGAUGCAGCUCAGGGAAGAUGUGGACUGAAGUAAAACUAAUGAAAGUUUAAGUUGUGGCUCACGGAAGCUGUGUGCCCCCCCUGAAGAUUUAAUGUUCUAAACCAGCGGUUCUCAACUGGUCUGGCUCCGGGACCCACCAUCGCCCCGUAAUGACAAGCCGCGACCCAAAUCCAGGAACAUUCUCAACAUCUCAAAUGAAUUUAAUGAAAAUAUCGUGCAGUUUGAACCUGAUAGUAUGGAGACAGAAUACGUUUGCCAACACAAAAACAAGUUUAAUGAAAAAACAAAAGAGCCAGCUGUUAAUUCUAAUUUUCAUUUUCCCAGGAAAAGGCCCGCGACCCACUAAAAACCCACUAGUCACGACCCACCAGUUGAGAAUCACUGUUCUAAAAAGCUUUUACUCUUCCACUUGUGUAUGAAGCGGUUUUCUGACGAGAUGUGAAUAUCAGAAGAGAUUUUUAAAUGUAUAUUUUAAAGCUUCUACAUCUACAUUGAAGACAAAGUGCUGAUAAAAUAAAACCUGUUUUAUAUUUAGAAUUUUAUGGACAUUGGGUUUUAAUUUCAGACUAAAUGCAUAAUCACUUCACAGGCAGUGGAUGAAUUUUUUAAUAUUAUUUGUGGAAGAGAUUUUACGUUUACAGUUUUAAAUAAACGUGUUUUUUCAUGUUGA